UUAUCGAUUCUCUUUUACACACUUUCUUUCAAGGCUUUUCAUAUUUUUCUUCUAUUCAAAUACUUAAAAAAAAGAUGCGCUCUUUUUGGUUAUUCCUUUUACUGUUAUUAUUUUGCAUCUCAUUUAUUAAAUUAACCGAAGGAAAUGAAGAUGCUAAACGGCUUUAUGAUGAUCUCAUGGUUAAUUAUAAUCGGCACAGGAGGCCGUCUACAUCACCGAACAAGCCAUUGACAAUAAAGCUGAAACUCCGCCUCAGUCAGAUUAUCGAUGUGCACGAGAUUGAUCAGAUUAUGACGUGUUCGGUUUGGUUAAAACAGACAUGGAUUGACAGAAAACUCUCAUGGGAUCCAGUGAAUUAUGGGGGUGUAAAUGUAUUAUAUGUUCCUUAUGAAAUGAUUUGGGUACCGGAUAUUGUCCUGUACAAUAACGCUGACAGCAACUACAACAUCACAAUUUCAACAAAAGCAACACUUCAUUACACUGGAGAAGUUACCUGGGAGCCACCAGCAAUCUUCAAGAGUAUGUGUCAAAUUGAUGUAAGAUGGUUCCCGUUUGAUGAGCAACAAUGCCAUUUGAAGUUCGGCUCCUGGACAUUUUCUGAAAAUCUGCUCUCCGUGGAAUUGAACGAACCAAGUCUCCGAUACGAAGAAGAAAUUGACGAAAAGGGGAUAAUAGACAAUGUAACUGUUGCCGAAGAUGGAAUUGAUUUAUCCGAUUAUUAUCCAUCUGUCGAAUGGGAUAUUAUGUCAAGAGUUGCCAAAAGAAGAGCAAAGAACUAUCCAAGUUGUUGUCCACAGAGUGCUUAUAUUGAUGUUACUUAUUACCUCCAACUCCGCCGUAAACCGCUCUUCUACACAGUCAAUCUGGUCUUCCCAUGUGUCGGGAUCUCAUUUCUCACAAUUCUUGUAUUCUAUCUUCCAUCGGAUUCUGGAGAGAAAGUGACACUUUGUAUAUCAAUUCUUGUCGCCUUGACUAUCUUCUUCUUGCUGCUCACUGAAAUCAUUCCGGCCACAUCGAUCACGUUGCCACUGAUUGGAAAAUAUCUACUGUUCACAAUGGUGAUGGUUACACUUUCUGUCGUGGUUACUGUUAUUUCAUUAAACUUGCAUUUCCGUACUCCAACAACCCAUUUGAUGCCUAAUUGGGUGAAGAAAGUAUUCCUAAAAUGGCUUCCAAAACUUCUUUUCAUGAGACGACCAAUCGAUGAUUACGAGGAAAAAUUCGAUGAUAAAAAGAAGCCGAAAGACGGGAAAAUUGCAUUGAGCGUUCAUGCACAUCGAGUUUCAAAUGUUGGAAAUAACAUUAGGAAUGCAACAAUUGAUGACACAAUUCAAAAAAUGUAUUAUUCUCCGCCAGUUGUAAAAGCUUUCGAAAAUAUUUGCUUUAUCGCCGAACUGCUGAAAAAGAAAGAUCGAGACGAUAAAAUCGAUGAGGAUUGGAAAUACGUGGCAAUGGUCCUUGAUCGACUUUUCCUUCUUAUUUUCUCAAUUGCUUGUUUUGUAGGAACAGUUAUAAUUCUUUUGAGGGCACCAACACUGUAUGACACACGACAACCCAUCGAUUUGCAGUAUCGUCCAGCCAAUUUAUCUGCUAAUCCAAUUAGUUUCUGAAGUUUAACUAUAGCUUUAAAAUCCACGGGUAUAAAAAAGAAGAAUGUAUAAAAUAAAAAAACUAAUGUAUU